GUGGGUCGGUUGGCAUUUGGCCCUGGAAGCUAUGAACAUGGAAAAGGACAUUUACGUCUCCUACAAGAGACACGGCUUCCCCCUGGAACAUCCAAGCUUCUACUACUUCAAGGAAGACAUGUACACCAGCCGGCAGAUCGACCAGCGUGCUGGCGGAAAGGACACCAUAUUUGUUAUAACCUUGGGACAGCACUUUAGACACUUCCCUAUCAAGAUUUUCAUCAAGCGGGCGUUGAACAUUCGCCGAGCGGUAGAACGCCUCCUCCUCCGCAGCCCGGACACCAAAGUCAUCAUCAAGUCAGAAAACACCCGAGAACUGCAGGCUCCGGUGGAAAUGAAGGGGGACCUCUAUGGCUACCCCCAGUACCUGGUGCUCCGGGAGGUCUUCCAAGGAAUCAACGUGGGUUUUGUGGACGCCUGGGACAUGACGGUGGCAGUCGGCUCGACGAUCGUUCACCCUUCCGGCCACACGUUUGCCAGUAUUAUGAGCCUGGUGUUCAGCUUUGCUUGUUAA